UUUUUUGUUUAAUCUUGUUUGUCGUCGAUGGCCUCGGCGUUCGAUCAGUGGGAGAAGGACCCUUUCUUUUAUGCUGCAGAGGAGGUCCAGGAAUCGGCUGACAGAUUGGAAUCGGUUUACCGGCGAUGGAUGCACGAGAAGAAGGGAAUCGAGCUGCGGAGGGAAGUUCAUAUAGCCCUAGGGACCACGAAAUGGCAGCUCGAGGAGUUGGAAAGAGCGGUGAGGCGAGACGAUGAGGCAGUCUUAGCUCGCAAAGCUACUGUAAAUCGACAUAACGCUUUUGUUGAGGCGAUUUCUUAUCGGAUUGAGAUGGUGGAGAAGGCUUUGAAGGAAUCAAAUGUGGCGGAAGAGGGGGAGACUGAGUUGACGUGGACAAGGCUGGAUGAAGGGGAAAGGGAUGAGCUUGCCCUUUUCCUGUCUCCUCCGCGUUCUGAAGGAGAUGAGGCAUCACUGAUCCAAUCAGACGUUGAACAGGAAGUAAGAAGCCGGAUGGAUGGAGAAACUUCUGCUGGUUUGAAGAAUCCUUCUUAUCAAUGUAAACUAAGGGAGGAAGAUAACGGCAGGAUUGCUAACGGGAGCGCUGAAGUAGGUUUAUUGGUGGUGGAUUCUGCUUCGACAGAGGAAUCUUCUUUGAGACUAUCAGACGAGCAGUCUAACUUUCCUCCUCCGAAGUUCUUACGUCUCUUUGAGCUGAAAGCUGCUGAGUCAUCUUCUAACCCUAAAAGAUGGUAUAGGAAUGGUUUCAGGAAGUGGAAACAUUUGAAUCAAAAUGAUAUGGAAGAAUCCUUGCCACUGCGGAAUCAUCAUUUGAGUCGGGGCAUGAAUGAAUGCUAUGAGAGGAGCAAGAGUUGUCUUAGUGAUUGUACAGAUGAGUCUUACCAUAAAAAUCACCAUUAUUGGUUUGGAGCUUUUCAAAGGCAGCUUCAGAGGUCUCAAUACCAAAUCCAAUAUGGUCGACCUGUUCAGUUGAUGAUUUGGAUUGCUGUUACUGUUCUACUUCUCUUUCUUUUUGUAUUGCAUGCCAGUUAAAACUAGAGUUUGUUCUCAGCCUUCAGCUUGUUGAUCCCUGGGAGUUGCUUGCUUUUAAUUUUAGCAGCCCACAAGCUAAGAUCAUCAUAUUGAAAAAAGAAAAUAGUUUGGUGCAUCAAAAAUCAUGAUGCCCCUUACAAUAAUGAACGGAUCGAUGGAUGCUUUUAGCUUCAAGAUUGGUGCAAUCAAAGAUUCAAAUGGUACCAUUGGAUUCUGUCUUUGAUUGUCAUGAGAUCUAUACUCAAUGUAUGUGUUUUUGUGAAUCUUGAUGCAAUCAAACUAAUCAUCAUCCCUCUAUCUAUUUUAUAUCUUACAAUCUUGAGGCAGUGUUUUAUU